AUGGCCUCUAAACACCUUUCUCGGCCUUUAACCAGGCUUGCGAACCCAAUCCAGCAGACUCGAUCGUUUUCCAAAUCCUCGGUUUCCUUCCUCAAUUCCUUCCCCGCACAUAGGCAAGCUGUCACGAGAACACGAUCACACCGGCCUAUUUUUGUUGCUGGCCAACGACGAUCUAUAUCGUCAAGCCUUCAGCGGCGAUAUGCCGACGUUGACGAGAGCUUCGACCCGGCCUCCGUUGAACGAGAAAGUGAUGAGGUUGAUGUUUGCAUCGUCGGUGCUGGUCCAGCUGGCCUGAGUGCUGCCAUUAAGUUAAAGCAAAUCGCCAACGAAGAAGGCAAUGAGGAAUUCCGAGUGGUCGUGCUGGAGAAGGCUGGAGAAGUUGGAGCACAUAUUCUAUCUGGAAAUGUCCUUGAACCUAGGGCAAUCAAUGAGUUAAUACCAGAUUGGCUAUCGGAGGAUAAUGAGCACAGAUUCACCGGGGCCACACCAGCUGGUGGCGACAAGAUGCGAUGGUUAACCAAAUCUAAUGCCAUACCCAUACCUGCACCUCCACAGAUGCACAACAAGGGCAACUAUAUCAUAAGUCUCAGCCAAUUCACGAAAUGGCUUGGUGAACGGGCCGAGGAAGUUGGUGUUGAGAUUUAUGCUGGAUUUGCUGGCGCCGAAGUCUUGUACAACCGUGAAGGCGCAGUCAAGGGAAUUGCCACCAACGACCAGGGAAUUGGAAGAGAUGGCAAACCAAAAUCGACUUUCGAAAGAGGAAUGGAGUUCAAUGCAAGAAUCACUCUGUUAGCGGAAGGAUGCCAUGGCAGCUUGACUAAGAAAGUGACCAAGAAGUUCGACUUGAGACGAGACAGUGGCCCACAGACUUACGGACUUGGAGUUAAGGAGAUCUGGGAGGUCAAGCCCGAGAACUUCAAGAAAGGAGAGAUUGCACACACUUUAGGUUAUCCACUCUCCAAAGACACCUACGGCGGUGGCUGGAUGUACCAUUAUGGUGAAAAUCUGGUAAGUCUUGGGUUGGUCGUCGGUCUCGACUAUCCCAACCCAUGGCUCUCUCCAUACGGCGAAUUUCAACGCAUGAAACUGCAUCCUUUCUACAAAUCCGUGCUAGAAGGCGGAAAGUGCCUCGCCUAUGGCGCCCGUGCCCUCAAUGAAGGUGGAUUUCAGUCAAUACCCAAAUGCGCAUUCCCCGGUGGUGCGCUGAUAGGCGACACUGCCGGGUUCCUCAAUCUUCCCAAGAUCAAAGGCACACAUACUUCAAUGAAGUCCGGCAUGUUAGCCGCUGAAUCCGCCUACGCGGCUGUGACGAAGAAUCCGGAUGCGAACACCAUUUUUCUGUAUGACUACGAAACAGCGUUGCGCGAGAGUUGGAUUUGGCCGGAGCUAAAAGCAGUCCGCAACAUGCGACCCUCCUUCCAUACCCCUCUCGGAGUCUAUGGCGGUGUGAUGUACUCGGGACUCGAAGCGUAUUUACUGCGCGGCAAGGUUCCCUGGACUCUGAAGCACCCGUGCAAGGACAACGAGGCGACGAAGCCCGCAGACCAGUGCAAGAAGAUCGAGUAUCCAAAGCCGGAUGGUGAGAUUACAUUUGACAUUCUUACAUCCGUAUCGCGGACAGGGACGAACCAUGAAGAGGAUCAACCAGUGCAUCUACAGGUGAAGGACUGGGAGGCCCACGCUGCACAAGAGUGGCCAGUCUAUAAAGGUGUCGAGAAUCGAUUUUGCCCGGCCGGUGUGUAUGAGUAUGUCGAAGAUGAGAGCAAAGACAUUGGUGUCCGAUUCCAAAUCAACGCGCAAAACUGUAUCCACUGUAAAACAUGCGAUAUCAAAGCCCCCAAUCAGGAUAUCAAUUGGCAGACACCGCAGGGCGGUGAAGGACCGAGUUACAGCCUUACUUGA